AUGUCUACCUCCGAGCUGGCUACGUCGUACGCGGCGCUCAUUCUCGCCGACGAUGGCGUUGAGAUCACUGCCGACAAGCUGCAAACACUCAUCAAGGCUGCCGGUGUUCCCGACAUCGAGCCCAUCUGGGCACAACUUUUCGCCAAGGCUCUUGAGGGCAAGGAUGUGAAGGACCUGCUCUCCAACGUCGGCUCGGGUGGUGGCGCUGCCGCUCCCGCUGCCGGUGGCGCUGCCGCCGCUGGCGGUGCUGCUGAGGAGGCCAAGGCUGAGGAGAAGGAGGAGGAGAAGGAGGAGUCCGACGAGGACAUGGGCUUCGGUCUCUUCGACUAA